AUGGCUGAUGACAGAGAAAACUGUCCGUUUCCGUCGUGUCAUGUGUCUGGAAAACUGCAGCGUCUUCUCUGUCAUGUUCGUCAAACUCAUGACUCAGAUGGCGUCCCCGCAGAGUUUGUCUCUCGUCUGAACCUACAUCGCUGUCAAGACUGUCGGCAGUGGUUUCUAAAGCUGAAUCAACAUUCUAACCAGUGUAGGAAAUCAGCAAGGUCUUCUCUGACCUCAAAGUCUUCACAACGGCCGUCGGGAGAUUCGAAUCCCCACCCCCGCCCCCCAGGUGCGGAAGCCUCCGAAGGUGCCGAAAGCAAUUCGGUUGUGACGCCCGCUGUCGUGAAUGCAAGAAGUCACUGUCCCAUCGUCUCAUCUCAGGUUCCUCCAAGUGUACACGUAUCAUGCACUGUGCCUUCACAGGCGUGGCAGUUUAUACGGGACCUUUCUGUGGAAACAAUUCUUCGGGCAUCGCCGCCACGAACAAUCAAUACUAUCAAAUCAGGUUCAAAAGCCUUGUUUCAGGAAUGCUGCCUAUAUGUUAUGCGCCAAAUAAGAGACAAUCCUUUGGAUGAGUCACCUUGGAAACUGUUCUUUUUGCUUCCAAGAAUGCUGCUGUCUCCCCUCUCUAGAGGUGGAAGAGCUAGUUCGAAACAAGUGAAGUCUCUUUACCAUCAGUUCCUAAAUUUUGAAUGGGGCAGUUUGGCUAAGUUUAAUGAGUCUCAGCCAUCUAAGACAACCGUAGACAAUCGAUUAGAGACACGAAAAGCAGCUUUGAGGCUAAUAAGGUGUGGAGAGCUUUCUCGAGCAUCUAGAGUUCUCAUGAGCUCAGGCCUGGCUCCUCCAACAUCUCAAACAGUCAAGAAGCUUUCUGAUAAACACCCUAAGAGCAAGAAAGAGAUUUCUCAGAGAAAAUGUACCAGUGACCAGAUAUCUUUGAGUAGGAGUCAACUCUUCAAAGCAAUUCAAAGUUCUCCAAACGGAUCAGGUACAGGGCCGUCAGGUUGGCGGUACGAACAUUUCCGUGUUCUACUUGAGAAUGAAGAGCUAGCUGAUUGCCUUUAUUUUGCUUGCUCUUGUAUCGCUCAGGGAAACUUACCUGAUCCAGUGACAUCACUUUUGUCAUCAUCACGUCUCAUCGCUUUACCAAAACCUAAUGGGGAUGUAAGGCCAAUUGCAAUAGGCGAAACCAUGCGGCGUCUCACUGCCAAAGCAAUGUGCAUGCAGAAAAGAAGUGAUUUUGCCAACUUUUUCCAUCCCCUACAGCAUGGUGUGGCUACUGACGGGGGUUUAGAGAUGCUUGUGCACCAUGUACAACUGCUUUUGGAGGAAGAAUGUGAUAGGAUCUUUACAGCAUCUGCUAGAGCAAGUGUCCUCAAGACACCCUGA